AUGGAAACCAACCUCACCAGAAUCUCAAAACUCAUUAAAAAUGAAGAGCAAAAUAAAAAAGAUGGGAACUCCAAGAAAGAGAAAGAGGUUGUGGCGCUAAUAAAGGACUUCUACAACCAGUGCCAGUCACUGUACUCGCUGUAUGGUCGUUUCACUGGAGAGUACAUAAAAUCGGGUCCCUGCGUAGUGGAUAGGACGUCCUCAGUGUCUUCCUCUAGCUCGGAUUCUGAGUACUUUUCCUCAGAGGAAGUGGAUGCUUCAGACAUCAACGAUUCAAACCAAAAACCUUUCACCGUAGAAAGGGAACGUUCUAACCUCGAAGUACUUCUCAGGACUCAAGAAUCAAACGAAUUUGAGGAGCAGUUGAAAAGGAAUCUAGAACUUCAAUUUGAAAGCCAAGCACGUGAAGUUAAACAACUGUUAUGUUCAAAGAACGUUGAGUUGCAGAAACGAGUCGUGGAACUUGAACUGUUAAUGAAAGAGAGCAAACGAACAGUGUCUGUGCUACAAGCAAAACUCAAAACCAACGAGGGUCAUGCAGUGUACGAAAUUUCUGAAUUGAUGGCACGGAUACACAAGCUCGAACAAGAGGCAAAGGCUCUUCGGACGCAGAAAGGCAAAAUGGAAGAGAAGAUUAGACGUAACAGAAACGAAGCAUUGAGCCAGAGGAAGGACUUGACUGACCAGAUUAAUGCCAUGCAACAAAUGUUAGAAUCCGUAAGCAAUCAUAACCAAGAGUUGGAAGUUCAUUUGGAAAGAAAAAGAGUAGAAGUUUCGCAAUGCUUGAUUCGGAUAGAAAAUCUUGGGGAGGAUUUGGCUGAAAAGAAUACGGAAAAAGAGGAGUAUUUUCUUGCAAGGAUAAAGGACCUGGAACUGGAAGUGGAAUCUCGACGCAGCAAACAGCGCGAUUUGGAGGAUAGAAACAUCGAGCUAGAAAGAGAAUUGGCACGGACAGGGGAAGAGAUAUCUCAACUUUUGAGGGAACGUGAGAGUUAUAAAGAAAGAGCUUCCAUACAUGCUGAGGCUUUAAAAACUCUAGUUGAAAAACUGACAUUGGAGUUGGAUCAGCAAAGCAUGGUAGAGUUACCAAACGAACGAAACCAAAAGGAAUAUUCAGAAAUUCUAACCAAGAUGGAAAAUCUGAAUGACAAGUUCGAAACCAGGGUAGUAGAUCAGGAGGAAACGAUAAAUAAGCUAACAGAAGGCAUUGAACAAAUAGGUGCAGAAAACAAACAAGCCGAAAUUGGGUGCAAGAAGUUGAAGUUGUGUAAGCAACUAUCAGAAAGGAAAAUGGAAGAAGAAUUGGCAGAAGAGUUCCGAAUGCAAAUGGAAGGUAGCAUUCAUCUGUUGCAACAGAGAAUCCACGAGGCAGAACAGCUGAAUAGUGAAAACAAAGAAAGUCACAAAAUGACAAAGCAAAGAUACGAGGAAGAGAACAGAAUAGCUAGGUAUGAAGACGAACUAAGAGUGAAGGCAACCACACCUUCAGCACCAAUGGAGAUUAACAUAAAUGGGUUGGAAUUGAGUGCACAAGCACUAGAUUUGGCUGCAGGGAAGCUUGAGGAACAGAGAGAGCGUGUCUCGGGUCUUGUGUCUAAAAUGCUGGGGGAAAUUCAGUUUGCGAAGGAUUGGAUAAGGGAAAGAAAUAGUGAAGUGAAAGAGCUGAAAGAAAAGGUGGAUGAGCUUAAGGUGAUUUUGGGUGAGAAGGAAGAGAAAGAGUUGAUGUUGAGAGAGACGUUGUGGAAGUUAGAAGCAAUGGUGAGCAAAGAAGGAGGGGAGAAACUGAAUCUGAUAAAAACAGUGAGACAGCUUGAAAGGAAAGUGGAAAAGUUGGAAAGAAAUGUGAUAGAGAAGGAUGGUGAGUUGGUAGGACUUGCGGAGAAGAAGAGAGAAGCAAUAAGGCAACUUUGUCUUCAGGUUGAGUUUCAUCGCAAUCGCUAUGUCUAUCUAAAGGAUUCAAUGUCAAAGAGAAAGAAGGGUUGGUUAUCGGGAUGA